CUGCUCGUAGAUCCUCUUUAGGUCCGGGCAUGGAGUGAUUGAACGUACCAACCAACCUGUACGAUACGCGAACGUACAUAGUAGAAACUCAGUAAGUCGAGGAGAGGCCGGACUACUUCACUGGAUUCGCCGCAGUACGUCUCCUUGCUUCGUUCGACUUGGAGGCAGUCGAGAAUUGCUCGCACACCCGAGAACACACACCUAUUCUCAGUGGAACUCUGUGCACUUCGCAUCCCAUCCCUCGCAUUUCCCUUUGGUGCGUGUGCGUGCCAUGAAUGUGCAUGAAUGUGAGUGAGUGCAGUGAGUUCGGUGGCCGUGGUUGAUUUCCUCGAGUUUUGCUGCUUGUCGACUGCCAUUCAAAAGACACACACACACACACAUACACACAAAGGCACACAGGGUCCAUUCCGGCCGACUAUCCGUCGUCCAUCCGUCUCUACGUCCAUCCGUCUAUCCGACCAACGUCAGGUGGUUCCACCUGAUUGACUUGUAUUUUGAGAAACUUAUCUAUCAAAAAAAUAAGAAAAACGAGUUAGCUCACCAGGGCCGUGGUGAAUUGCCAUGUUUGGGAAGAAGACCAAGAAACACCACAACCCGUACUCCCCGUCACAAGAUCGCGGUGAGCCGGAUGGGGGCUACGAGGGCGAUAACCGCGUGGAACAAGGCCGAACACCCAUCCCCAACGCCCAUUUGAGCGCCCACGAGGACAACAAUGUCCAACCGGAUCCCAAGCCCAAGCUCACUUUCCACUGCCAACAAGCCCAAGGGAGUCCGACUGGGAUCAUUUCCGGCUUCACCAAUGUCAAGGAGUUGUACCAGAAAAUCGCUGUCUGCUAUGACCUGAAGCCCUCCGACAUUCUCUUUUGCACCCUAAAUACGCAUAAAAUCGACAUGAAAAUGCUUCUGGGAGGUCAAAUUGGUCUCGAUGACUUCAUAUUCGCCCAUGUUAAAGGCCAAAACAAAGAGAUCCAAUUGGAAAAGACACAAGAAGCUCUAGGGUUGACCAUCACAGACAAUGGUGCGGGCAUUGCCUUCAUAAAACGCAUUAAAGAUGGCAGUGUGAUUAGCAAUUGUCCACAUAUCAAGGUCGGUGAUCAUAUUGAGAAGCUGAAUGGGGUUGAGUUAGUGGGUUGUCGGCAUUUUGAAGUGGCCAAAGCCUUAAAGGAGAUCCCCAAAGAUUCCACGUUCACAAUCAGACUUGUGGAGCCGUUGUCGUCUUGGGCGGACAUUGGACCUCGUUCCAAUAAAACUGGUUCAAAAUCCGUGAAAAACGGUAUGAAGACGCUUCGAUUCCGAGCCAACGAAUCCGCGGUGAUUGAAGACGUAGAUGAUAAAAAAAUGGCCGCACAAGAUAAGAUUAACCAAUUGCUGGAAAACUUUAUGGGAAUCAAUGACGAAGACCUAGCUUCUCAAAUCUAUGACUUGGGAAUAACUCAAUCAAACACGUUGGACUUUGCCGAAGCCAUCGACGAUUCCGAUCUCGGAGCUUUUGGCUUCACUGAUGACUUCAUCUUUGAGCUGUGGGGUGCCAUCACCGAUGUCAAAUCUGGACGAGUGUAGAUAUCCCGUCCCCGAAGUGUUGUCAACCCAUCAUUGAGUCUAAAGGUCUGAAGGUCCAAACCGCAGAACCCACUCGUCUUCUGAACCAACCAAAGUUGUCAACACAAACCAAUUGGGCACUGCAUUAUUCGGUGCCCAUCAAUGGCCAUUUCGAAUGCGUGUCUAGCUAAUUCAAGUCGUUCUCAUGUGCAAUUUGAUCAUCCUUGUCAAAUAAAAGGACAAAACCA